CAUCAAACGACACUACCGACAGGUAAGUUGUGUAUAUCUGUCGGCGAUUACUGGUCUGCUCCAUGAGACAAGAUUGCUGAGCUGUCUCUUUGGUUGAGGCGCGGCACACGUGGAAGACGUCGAGUAUGUACAAGGACAGAUGGCCCAUCGCCGUCUAUACGGGGCUCUGGUUUCGAUUCUACGUACGAUCUAGUCGCCCCAUGCAAAUACAUGGGCCGCCGAGAAUCAACCACGUUGUGCGACACCGUGACGCGUAUGAAGCCUAUUCGGAUGCGGGUGACAACGCCUCACCUGAACCUGAACCACAAGGGCGAGGUGACAGCGCUGCGGAUGGACAAGGCGUGCGGAACAAAGGUCAUAACUCCGAGGCAAUCUCCGGUCAUCGUUCUCCGGGUCUACAAGUAAGCCAAGUGAAUGUCGGUCGAUCCUCUGGUUCAAACACUGGGACCACCGCUGCAAGCAGUCCAUGCGCGGUGCGAAAGCAAAAUGGCGACUUUGACCCUGUCCUUCGUUUCCUCCGUUCACUGACCCCGUCCCUCGAACAUCUCGGCCCUCAGUUCAGGCUCGCAGGGAUCAGGGAUGUGGAGCGUCUGCGCACCAUAGCGACCUGGGAGCAUCCCACGAAGUGGCUGGUGGAGAAGGCGCGAGUGGAUCUAUUCGAAGAGGAGGUGUUGAGGAUCGCGCUGGAUGAGGUGCGGAGAGGGCAGAGGAGCUUGUGAACGAGAUAGUGACAUGGGAGGUUUUACCAGCAGUUGAACUCGUCAGGGUUCGUGCAACGUCCGAAUGCAGCCACAUCCAAUGUACAACAGCUUCGUCACGGCA